GCGAUUCCCAGCUUUUUGGUGGCGUACACAACCAUCUCGACCCGGCUAGAGUCAAGGAAGAUAUAUAUAUGGACACUGGUGUGAGCAAGUGUAGCUCGAGUAGAUUCAUUGAGUUUUAGCUUGAUUUUAUGUUAAAGCCACCUGCAGCUUGUGUUCCCGCAAUCCGCCGACCUUUCCUGGCCUCUAUCAUUCACGCCAGCAGCAAAGAACUCUGGGCUCUCUUUCGAGAACCACCAAUCACUCUGUCUCAGAAUAUCGCAAACUCAGUGAUAGUACCCCAAGAAUGGCGGAAGAUGUACCGACAGGAGGGGACCCCCUUCCCAACCCCAUCUCCGGUACUACCAACGAAGCAAGCUGGAAGCAUCGUCCGCCAUACAAGAUCCAAACAGACGAAGAAUUCGGUCCUGUGAAAUGGACCGGCAGGUGCCAAUGCGGGCAGGUAGAAUACAAGUUGAAUCGAGAGAAGCCAUUGAAAUCGAAGUACUGUCAUUGUCGGGGGUGUCAAGUAUUACAUGGUGCCCCAUUCCAGUGGGCCACUAUAUUUCAAAAGUCCGACAUAACUUUCACCAAAGGUGCUGAUGGCCUGGCGUUCUACUCAUCUACGGAGAAGUCGAGAGAGUAUAUGAACCCGACGAAAGUGUCGUGUUCGUUCUGUCGGACCCCGAUUAUGGAUGAGGGACGCAAUGUUUGUCUUCUGUUCCCUGCGUCUAUUGACUAUGGCGAGACACAUGAGGAGAGAGAGAAGUGGAUCAAUGCAUUCGAAGUAGAGUGCCAUAUUUUCUACAGCCGACGGGCAGUUAAGAUCCCAGAUGGAAAGCCAAAAUGGUCCGAGCUGGAUGGCAGUAGCGAGCUCUUGGAUGAUUCGGGUAAUCCCAAGAAGGGUAAAUCAUGAGGUUCCAUAUAUAGACACUCGGUGCUCCGCAGAUUGAUUAAAAUAGAAAGAAAAUUCAGAUUUCACGCACCUAAAA